AUGGUGCAACGUCUAAUUGUACGCAUUCUUGUUCUCGUGCCACUAUUUGCAGUCGCGUCGUGGUCAAGCUUGUACGCACCAUCAAUUGGAGCGUGGGUUUUGCCUUUACGUGAAAUGUACGAGGCACUGACUAUUUAUACAUUCUACUCGCUUCUUACAUCGCUCUUGGGCGGCGAACGCGAUAUAAUUUUCACUACCACCGGCAGAGCCCCGUUGCAGCUUGUCUGGCCAGUGCGUCUAUGGCGUAAAAACGUUGAUAUCUCAGAUCCUCCCACUUUCUUGAAGAUCAAGCGCGCAAUCAUGCAAUAUGUUUGGGUUCGUGUUAUUGUCACCAUACUCCAAUUGGUUCCGGGAAGCACGGCACAUCUGAUAUUGACUGUUGUUUACAAUAUUAGCAUCACGCUGGCACUUAAUGCUUUGACUUUAUUUUGGGUGUGCCUUUCUUCAGACCUGGCCCCCUACCGGCCAUGGCCAAAGUUUUUAUGCGUCAAGCUUAUCGUAUUUUUCAGUUAUUGGCAGACACUGGGCCUUGCAAUCCUUCACUAUUUCAAAGUAAUCAAGGAUCAAGACAGUCUCGUGCUCAUUUCAAAUUCCCUUCUUUGCUUCGAGACCCUCGUUUUUGCUAUAUACCAUAUUCGCGGCUUCCCUUACUCUGAAUACGCAAACCGACCUGAGUUAGGAAGACUUUACCUUGGAGCGGCAAUAAAAGAUACCUUUGGCUUCGCAGAUCUGAUGCAUGAUUUCAAACAAACAUUCGUCAGUGCUCGCUACGGCUACCACGAUUUUGAUUCUGUCGAGGCAGUCCUUGAUCACCCUGAAUCGGCCUCGCGUCAGGCUCGCCUAGCCGCUGGGCUGAGAUACAAGAACCAGGGCCGUUCGAAAUACUGGCUGCCGCUCAAUGCACAAACACCAAAGCUUUGGCAAAAUUAUGGCUCAAUUGUCUCAACGACUGAGCCGGAACAGGAAAUCUCAUGGGCUAAAGACGAUAUUGAUGGUGAUGAGGUUUUCUACACUAAAGCCCGCACAACCUAUGGGGAUUACAAUUAUCCAGUCACAAUAGACCGCGAAGAUCCACCAUACAGGACUGUGGCUGAACGUUUGGCUUGA